GCGAGAACUACGCGGUUAGGUUGCUGAUCAAAUUCGUUCACGAGAAGAGAUAUCUCCACGUAGGUGGCGUCGCCAGCACGUUGAGUCAAUUGCGGAAGAAUUACUUCAUCCUUUCGGCGCGCAGGGCGGUGAAGAGCGUACUCAAAAACUGCAGAGUCUGCACGAGAUUUCGCGUCGAGGCGGCUAUGGAACCAGUGCCCCCGCUUCCAGAGUUUCGGAUCGACACCGCACCAGCGUUCUCAGUUACGGGAGUUGACCAUGCGGGUCCGAUUCCCUACCGAGAUCCCCAGGGCGGGAUAGGCAAGAGUUACAUCUUAUUGUUUGUGUGCCCGGCGACGAGAGCCGUUCACAUCGAGCUCGUACCGGAUUUAUCGGCAUUUGAGUUUCUCCUGUCGCUAAAGAAAUUUCUCAGUCGUUUCGGCACCACAACAAAAAUAAUUUCGGACAAUGGAUUGUCCUUUGUCAGAGCAGCUAAAGAGCUGAAAAUAAUAUAUGAUCACGUGAAAUCUCCGGCUGUCCAGCAGCACUUAGUGAAUGCGGAGGUUUCUUGGGAAUUCAUAACGGCUAGAGCCCCAUGGCAUGGCGCUUGGUGGGAAAGAAUGGUCCAAACGAUUAAGAGACCGUUGCGAAAAGUUCUCGGGAGGAACACGCUUUCAUUCAGAGAGUUAGAGACAGUUCUUACGGGAAUCGAAGCGUUAGUGAAUCAGAGACCACUGACAUCAGUGCAAUUGGAUCCUAAUGAG